GCUGGACGCAGAUGAUUCUGUGGGGUGCUUACUGCGAAACUUCCCAGGACCAGUCUCCGGGCACACCGGGCGCCGCCGGUGAUUUCGGGUGGAAAGUGCUCACUUCCGACGAUGCGGAGAAGAAGAAGCUCUCAGCGGAGCUGGCGAACGGCAGACUUGCGAUGAUGGCCAUCAUCGGGAUGUUCUUUCAGGACGGCCUGACCGGAAGCGCCUGGGGUGACUGGGCCAACUACACUGCUUCGCCUUUGCGCGCUGAGCCUGUCUCUGCCGCCGCGGCAGCGGCUGCAGCCAAAGCUGCCGCGGCCAAGGCAGGCGCGAGCGCAGGAGCGAAGACAGCAGCGGCCACCACGGGCAUCGGUGCCGGCACUGGCAAGUCCCUGAGCGGUGAGGGCGAGGAGGUGCCCCCUGAGCCGACUUUCGACCCGGCGAAUGAGGUGGGCGUCACCGAGCCCUUCGGCUACUUCGACCCGGCCGGCUUCUGCAAGAAGGGUGACAAGGCCGGCUUCCGCAACCUGCGCGCGGCCGAGAUCAAGCAUGGCAGGGUUGCGAUGAUGGCCGCAGUGGGUGCCGUCGUGCAGCACUACGUGAAGUUCCCUGGCUUCGACAGCGUGCCUGCCGGACUCGGCGCUGUGGAGGUCCCGCCGGGCACCUACGGCUUCGCCGCGCUCUUCGCGGUCUCGGGCUUGCUGGAGCUGGGCGCCUGGACUGAGGACCCCUCGAAGGAGCCGGGCAACUUCGGUGACCCCGCCGGCCUGGGCCAGUACACGCUGGAGAUGCGCAACCGGGAGAUCAACAACGGCCGAAUGGCCAUGUUCGCAGCCAUCGGUAUCAUCGCCGCCAACGUCUACACGGGCAAGGAUGCCAUCGAGCAGUUCGGCCUUGCGUAG